GGCGCGAAAUCCGAGUUUCCUGUUACGCAUCAUCUCCCUGCAGUUGUUACUUUUCUACUUCUUAAUCUCCAUGAUUUGUCUUCCUGUUUCUCAAGAUCAAUGAUACGACAGUUUGACGCAAUGACAUUCCUGACACGCGAAGAUAUCGAGAAACAUUCAUCGCGCCAGUCAUGCUGGGUUGCCAUCCAUGGCUCUGUUUACGAUGUAACCGACUUCAUCGACGAACACCCCGGUGGUCCACAAGUAAUCCUCCGUUGCGCCGGCAGGGACGCAACAGCAGACUUCGACUCCGUCCACGACCAGUCCCUCCUCACCGAGGCCCUUGCACCAUCAUGCCUGAAAGGCAGGAUUCAGCCUGGCACACUCUCAGCCCCAACAUCUUCCUCAUCCUCACCAACAACCUCAGCACCCAACCCCUUACCCAAAAUACUAGCCACUACACCCCCCGGGCCCUCUCCAACACCCCCCGCCCCGCCCCUCACCACCCUAAUCAACCUCCACGACUUUGAAAAAGUGGCCCACCAACACCUGCCCCCCCACGCAUGGGCCUACUACGCCUCCGGCGCCGACGACGAGCUCAGCACGCACAACAACGCCAAAGCGUACCGCAAGAUCUCCCUACGCCCGCGCAUCCUCCGCAGCAUCCGGGCCGUGGACACCAGCACCGCGAUCCUGGGGCAGAAGGUCUCGCUGCCGGUGUACAUGAGUCCCACGGGCAUCGCCAAGCUGGCGCACGCGGACGCCGAAUGUGCCCUGGCGAGGGCGGCGGGCCACGAGGGCGUGGCCCAGGUGCUGGCCAACGGGGCGAGCAUGCCCAUUGAGCGGGUGCGCGCGGCGCGCACGAACCCCCAGCAGCCGCUGUUUGCGCAGUUGUAUGUGAACAAGGACAUAAAGAAGUCGGUGGAGACGGUGCGGAGGGCGGUGGAGGCGGGGGCCUGUGGGAUUUGGGUGACGGUUGAUUCGCCGGUUGUGGGGAAGAGGGAGAUGGAUGAGAGAUUGAAUUUGGAGGUGCAGGUACGUCUCUACUCGGACGGCGGGAAAAGAUGCUCACAAUGGGCCAUGGAACAGGCACGAGACUCGUCCGCCCGCGGCCAGGGCGUCGCAAAGACCAUGGCCAGUUCCAUCUCCCCGUUCAUCGACUGGGACAUCCUGACCUGGCUGCGCGACCUCACCGACUUACCGAUCGUGAUCAAGGGGAUCCAGUGCGUCGAGGAUGCGGUGUUGGCGUACCAGCACGGGGUGCAGGGGAUCGUGCUCUCGAAUCAUGGGGGCCGGUCGCAGGAUACCGCCCAGCCCCCGCUCGUCACCUUGCUGGAGAUCCGCAGACACGCGCCCUAUUUGAUCGGCAGCCGCAUGCAGAUCUUCGUGGACGGCGGGAUCCGUCGCGGCACCGAUGUCCUCAAGGCGCUGGCGCUGGGCGCGUCGGCCGUUGGGCUCGGCCGGCCGUUCCUCUACGGUCUCGCGGCGGGUUACGGCGAGGAGGGGGUGCGCCGCGUGAUUGCCAUCCUGCGGCAGGAGAUCGAGGCGAAUAUGGUGUUCUUGGGGGUGACGACGCUGUCGGAGCUGGGGCCGCAUCUGCUGAAUGCGACGCGGUUGGAGAGGGAUGUGGUGGGGGAGGUGAAGUUGUAGUUUGGUAUAGAGGGGGAGGGAGGAACGGUUAAGUACCGGUCCACAUAUAGAACCGAGGUAGGGGAUGGAUUUAUCGGUCUAUUGUCA